AUGUUUAAAUUAAGACUCCUCAACGCUGUCGCCCCAGCAUACUUUUUCUCAGCCACAGCGGUAACCUUCAUUUUUCACUUCUGCUUUUUCAUCCCAACGAUUUUUCAAAGCCCGGGCAUCUCACUGAGGGCGUCAACUGUGAUUCACACGGCCGUUUUCCUAUACCUGAUGCUGAACGCUUUAGGUAACUAUGUCAUGACUAUAAAGUACCCAGCUGAGAGCGCAAAUGAGACCGUGGUUUCUGCAUGUUCGGCAGAUUGCUCGGAUAAAAUAGACGCCCACUACCUCCUAAACGGUCGCCACUUCUGCAAACUCUGUAAGAAAGUCAUACUCAGGAGGGACCACCACUGUUUUUUCACUGGAAACUGCAUUGGCAACAAAAACAUGCGAUACUUCAUCAUGUUCUGCAUCUACACGUCAUGCACUUGUUUGUACUCCUUGGUUCUUGGUGUGGCCUUUCUAACUGUGGAAUACAACAUCUCCUUUGAGAACCCAUUGACUUUCCUAACCCUUCUGCCCCUCUCCACUGGUUACCUCUUCCUAGGUGAGUUUCACAUAUUGCACUUGAAAGUUUAUGGUAAGGAUAUUCAGUUAAUGAACUUACCAAGUGCUCUUCUUUCUCCUCCCUAUCUUCCCAUCAGGAGUUAUCUCAGGUCUGCAGUUUUUCCUAGUGCUGAUGCUGUAUGUGUGGCUGGGCAUCGGCCUGGUGUGUGCAGGGUUCUGCUGUCAGCAGGUGCUGCUGGUAGCGCGGGGGCAGACCUACUGCCAGAUGAAGCGAGGCCAGCUGGUGGAGAGCCGCAGCUCCUGGAAGGACAACCUGAGUGAUGUGUUUGGCUCCCGCUGGGCGGUGGGGCUCUUCCUGCCAGUACAGACAGUGGAGGCCUUUUCAGGAGACGUCGCUGCCCACCACCAUAAACAUGACUGA